AUGAGGGUGCGCACAGCGCUCCUCUCGCUCCUCGCCCUCGCCCACUGGGGCAGCGCCUCACCAUACAGGGAGGACCUCGUGGAGUUCAACAUCAACACCAACAAGACUGCGACGUCUGUGCUCGACUACUCGUACCCGCAGCGCUCUAACUACACGGCGUCGCCAGAAAACUGGCGGGCUCUCCCCUUCUAUACCAUUCUCCUGGACAAGUUUGCCGACGGAGAUCCCUCCAACAAUGAUUUCUUCGAAAGCAUGUACGAGUGGGACUGGCGGGAAACACAGCUGCGGGCCGGUGGUGACCUGAAGGGCAUGUUGUCAAAGUUGGACUACCUCCAGGGCAUGGGCGUGAGGGGUAUUUAUAUCUCCGGAACACCAUGGCUGAACAUGAUCUGGGAAGCGGACAGCUACUCUCCGCUGGAUUUCUCGGUCGUCGAUCCGCAUUACGGUAACCUCGAGGACUGGCAAAACGCGCUCGAUGAAAUUCACAGCCGCGGGAUGUACGUUGUACUUGAUUUCACCGUUGGAACGAUGUCGAAUCUGGUCGGUUUCCAAGGCUACCAGAACGUCUCUGCGCCAUUCAACAUCCAUGAGUACGAUGCCGUCUGGUUGGAUCCACAAUAUCAGCCUUGGGGUUUCGAACACUAUGUUGACUUCUCAUUUAACAACACGUACAACACGUCUUGCGAGAUGCCGACAUUCUGGGGCGAUGACGGUACAAUCGUCGACAUUGAUUGGAAUGGCGGUUGUUAUGCGUCCGAAUUUGACCAGUACGGUGACAUGGAAGCGUUCGGUGUUCACCCCGACUGGCAGCGUCAGCUUUCGAAGUUUGCCUCGGUGCAGGAUCGUCUGCGGGAGUGGAACCCCGAUGUCAUGGCCAAGCUGCAGAAGUUCGCUUGCAUGGCAAUCACUGCAUUUGACUUUGACGGUAUCCGUAUCGACAAGUCCACACAGAUGUCAGUGCAGGGCCUGGUGGACUGGACUCAAGCGACGCGUGAUUGUGCAUACAACCUCGGCAAGGAGAACUUCCUCAUCAUGGGCGAAGUCACCGGUGGAGAUUAUUUCGGAGCCUUGUACUAUGGUCGUGGACGCACACCUACGGAGCGCCCCCCGGGUUUCUUGCAGGCUGCCAACCUGACGAACGCAGAGAACCAAUACUUCAUCCGCGAGCAAAACCAAAACGGCCUCGACGGUGCUGCUUUCCACUACUCCAUCUAUCGUUCCCUUACACGUUUCCUCGGCAUGGACGGUAACCUCGAGGACGCGUACGACUUGUCUGGCAACUUCGUCAGCGCGUGGAACGAGAUGUUCGUUAACGACGACCUUUUGAACGCAUUUACGGGCAAGAUCGACCCGAGGCACAUGUUUGGGACGAGUAACUUCGAUAUCUUCCGCUGGCCCAGUUUGGAGAACGGGACGGCGCGCAGCGUCCUGGGUACCUUCAUCACGAAUCUAGUCAUGCCUGGUAUUGCCUUGUUGUAUUAUGGCGAAGAACAGAAUCUGUACCUAUAUGACAAUACAGCGAACAACUAUCUUUAUGGACGUCAAGCUAUGUUCAGUAACAAGGCAUGGCAGCGCCAUGGCUGUUAUACGCUCGGCUCGCAGCAGUACUACAACAUCCCCAUGGGUCGCUCCCUUAUCGGAUGUCAAGAUGACUGGAAUGCGCUCGACCACUUUGACCCUACUUCGGAUACUCGCCGCCUGUUCGCUCAGUAUCUGCACUUGCGCACGGUCUACAAUGCACUUCAAGACGGCUGGGAUCUCGUGCAGCGCGGCAACUGGACGUAUUACAUCGAGCGUCCUGGUUCCAAUGGCACUGCCACCGAGAUGGGUUUGUGGUCUGCCUCCCGUUCCGUGCUCCAAGGAAUCCAGACGCUGGCCGGCAACAACACUGACGAAAUUUGGCUGCUUUACGCCAAUAACAACGUGACCCAAACUUGGCAAUACGAUUGCAUGAAGGACCUGUGGAUUUCCUCGCCGUACACAUCUGGCACUACGGUCCGCAACCUGUUCUAUCCGUAUGAGGAGUACACCCUGGAGCAGUCUGGCCAGUCCUACUACAACAACAGCGUAGCACCCUGGUUCGGUUGUCUCAACAACGUCACGAUGCCGCCCUUCGGUUUCAAGGCGCUCGUUCCCGCUGACCAGUGGGUCCCGCCUCCACCAGCCAUCACACGAUUCUUGCCCGGCCACGAUGCGCGAAUUACCUCCUCUGACAACGACACCACGUUGGACAUCACGCUGGAGUUCAACCUGGAAAUGAAUUGCGAGGGCGUCACCGGCGCCAUCACGAUGAACAUGUCGUCCGCUGGGAACAUUACAGUGCCCACGAUCGAUAAAACCACGGUCAAGUGCGGCGCGGUCACAGAGCCGCAGCCGAGCGAGGUGCAGGGUGUGUCGCUGUCGAGCUGGUCAUGGUCCGCGACCGUCACCGGCGUGCCGGACGGGAUCCUCGAGAUUACGGUGACCAAUCCGCAGACGAACGAUGGGACCGCAUCGACGAAUAGCACCGAUCAUCUGCUCAUCCGCAAGGGCAAAGCGAACAACGUGAUGGUCUUCCCCGAUUCGGACUACGACACUGAUGGGCUGCAGUACAGCAACGGCCAGUAUAAGUAUGUGCACAGGGCGUAUGGCGCGGACAUGUUCCGGUACUCGUGGAACUUUGCGCAGAACUGGUCGAGCUGGCAGUCGUGGGAGGACGAGUCGACGAUCGCUGCGGAUGUCUUUGACAACUCGGACAACUGGUGGAAGGGCCAGCACAUCAUGGUGCAAUACUGGAGCUACUUGGCGCAGACAUCUAGCGUCGUAGUACACGCCGAUCACGACUACAGCAUCCCUCGUCGCGUACCUCAGUUCCUCGUACGUGGCGUAUACAACCAGUGGGGUAUCGACAAGGGUCUCCCGUACCAGAUGACUCAGAAUAGCAAGGGCCUCUGGGAGCUUGAGAUCAUGGACACAUGGCCUUCGUACGUGCAGCUGAACGUCUUCGGCUUCGACAACUACUUCUACGGUGAUGUCGACGGCGAUGGUGUCUUGGACCGUCUCCCGCCUAACACCCUGUCUCCUAACUACUUGAACAUGUCGGCGCCCCCGCAUCCUCAUCUUGCUUGGAACCUCGUCGUCGACGACGCCAACCUGACAUGGUGGCUGGAGCCUGUCGGCGAGUCCCUUGUUGGUGCCAUCUGCUUCGCGCUGUUGUUGGCUAUCCCCUUCAUCACGGGUGCUCUCGCUGUCGCCGUAUUCAUGUGGUCGUUCUACGGAAUCAAGUACAACAAAUGGGGUGUCAAGCCGAACAAGGAUCACAGCAACUACUUCCCUAUCAUUGGACACCUGGGUAACAGGUCAAAGUCUAACCUGCAUGAGCCGCAUACGCCUCUUACGGAGAAGAUGUUCGGGCACAAACACAACGCGGAGAUCAUUGGCUGGCCAGAGGACAAGAACAAACGCCGCAAGGUCCUCAUCGCGACCCUCGAAUACGAGAUCAUCGACUGGAAGCUCAAGGUCAAGAUCGGUGGUCUGGGUGUCAUGUCCAGUCUGAUGGGCAAGGCUAUGACUGAUGUCGACCUCGUGUGGGUCAUUCCGAAGGUCAAGGAUCUGGAGUACCCCGCUGGUGAACCCGCGGAGCCGAUUGAGGUCAUCAUCUUCGGCGAGCCGUACUUGAUCGAGGUCGAAACGCACGUCCUAGACAACAUCACCUACGUCAUUCUCGACAGCCCUGUGUUCCGUGCGCAGACGAAGGCUGACCCGUAUCCUGCCCGCAUGGACGAUCUCAGUUCUGCCAUCUUCUACUCGACGUGGAACCAGGCGAUCGCUGCGACGGUACGUCGUAACCCAGACAUCGACAUCUACCAUGUCAACGACUACCACGGCGCCCUUGCUCCCAUAUACCUGUUGCCCAAGGUCGUGCCGGUCUGUCUUUCGUUACAUAAUGCCGAGUUCCAGGGUCUCUGGCCGCUUCGCACCAAGGAGGAGAUGAAGGAAGUCUGCUCCGCCUUCAACAUCAGUAAGGAGCACUGUACCAAAUACGUGCAAUUCGGUAACACGUUCAACUUGCUCCACGCGGCUGCGUCUUUCAUCAGUGUGCACCAGAAGAGUAUUGGUGUCGCUGGUGUGUCUGACAAGUAUGGCAAGCGCAGUUGGGCCCGGUACCCGGCUCUUUGGACUCUCAAGCACGUCGACUCUUUGCCCAACCCUGAUCCCACAGAUAUCGCGGCGCUGGACGAGAAUCCUGUGUCUGUCCGGGACAUCCAGAUCGAUCAGGUCGCUGAAGCGGAACGGCCCGAGCACAAGCGACAGGCGCAGGAGUGGGCUGGCAUCAAACAAGAUCCCAAUGCAGACCUCUUCGUGUUCGUCGGUCGAUGGUCCAAGCAGAAGGGUGUGGAUCUCAUCGCGGAUGUCAUGCCAUCUCUGUUGGAGAAACGACCUUCCAUUCAGCUCAUCACUGUCGGUCCCGUCAUCGAUUUGUAUGGUCGCUUCGCUGCUGAGAAGCUUGCUCGCCUGAUGGAGCUGUACCCUGAUCGUGUCUACUCAAAGCCCGAGUUCACUGCACUGCCUCCUUACUUGUUCAGCGGUGCCGAUUUCGCUCUGAUUCCGUCUCGUGAUGAACCUUUCGGUCUGGUAGCUGUUGAGUUCGGCAGAAAAGGAGCUCUGGGUGUAGGUAGUCGGCUUGGAGGUCUUGGUCUCAUGCCUGGUUGGUGGUUCCCUGUUGAAUCAACGUCGGCAGAACACAUGAUGUCGCAGUUGACCAAGACAGUCAAGAUGGCCUUGAAGUCGACUGAAGAAGAACGAGCAAUGCUCCGUGCCCGAUCUGCUGUCCAACGGUUCCCUGUCGUGGAGUGGCGUCAGCGUAUGGAGGACUUCCAUAAACGCAGUAUCCAAAUGAGUCGCAACGUCGCCGGAUCAAACGCUUGGCGACCAUCCGAUGCUCAAACCUUCAACAUGGGCCAUGCAAUUUCUGAGACCGAUGAUUGGGAUCCUGAACAUCAAGCGUACCCGACCCAGCCAGAAUGGGAUGCGCGAAGCGUCAAUGACAGCCCUGGCCCUGCGAGCCCUGCGAUGCCUGGGUCACCAGGACAGUGGAGUCAGGAGACAUUGACUCCUGGCGGAGGCGAUGGCCACCUUGCCGCCCCAGCUCUGCGCCUUAUCCAAGACAGCCGCCGAGGCUCCUUCAGUACUGACAUCUCGGAGAAUGAAGGGGACUAUUUCUCUCAGCCAUCAGGCAACGCCGAGACAUCACAAGACUUUGGUAACUUCCUGGAAAGAGCAAACCGCACUAUAGCGCGUGACCAGAGGCAUGUCCCCGAUCCGUUCCUCGAUGCUGCUGCUCCAAAUAGACCAUUCGGCGCACAUUCGAGAAUCUCCUCAGUGGAGUCGAUAGCUUCGAUUGUCGAUGAAAAGCAAAACUCGCCGCUGAACAAGGCCAUCGCUUCGUUCACCGACGCCGAUGGCGGAGUAGCGCAAGAGUUCGCUCAAAAAUUGCAGAUGCUCAACUCGCACAACUCGAAGGGCGAGUUGUCUAUUGAGAAAUUCUUGACAAAGAGUGAAGAGGCCUUCUUCGACAAGGUCAAGAGGGAUCGUUUGUCCAGCGCAGCAAGCAUACGCUCUUCGCGCAGAGACUCGAUUUGGGGGACACCUGCACCAUCUACAUUGGAUCACUCUCGACCUUCAUCACCAAGCGCCCUCUCGUUUGGAGAUGGCAUGCCUUCGAUGGAUGGUUACAGCGGACCUCUCCCUAACGGCAAUGACAUCGUCAUCAUGUCGGGAUUGCAGAUUGCGAUGUCCAGGGAACUCUUCGGCUGGCCUCUUUACACCAUUGUCAUCGCACUAGGGCAGAUGCUCAGCGCGACAAGUUUCCAAAUCACUUUGCUCUCUGGUUCGAACACACAAUCCAACCUUCAACUAUACGUCCUAGGAGGUGUCUUCUUGGCAGCAUCUGCGGUUUGGUAUCCAUUGUUCCGCCUUAAGCCCUCUGUUUACGGUCUCUCGGCACCAUGGCUAUUCUUCGGACUCGCGUUCUUCCUGAUUGGACUUCCGUCGGUUACUUCUAGUCUCCAUUCUGCACAUUAUGCUCUAUCAAGUGCAGCGACCUGGGCAUACGCAGUUGCUUCGGCAGCGGCGUUCAUCUUCUUCGGUCUUAACUUCGGAGAGGAAGCGGGAGCGGCGACGGAGACGUGGACCAUGCGGGCUUGUCUUGUGCAGGGCUCACAACAGAUCUGGGUGGCAGCUCUGUGGUACUGGGGUUACGAAUUGAACACUGCUUCGUCGGGUAACAUGGGCCCGUGGUGGAUCGUACUCAUAGUCUGGCCAUUAUCGGUCAUAAGCUUCGUCUUCGCCUACUUGAUGCUCUACGGUCUGCCGGAUUACUAUCGUCAGUCACCGCCCAAGGUCCCUCAUUUCUUGAGAACGCUCUUCCGACGGAAAAUUGUGCUUUGGUUCCUCGGAUCUGAAAUCCUGCGCGACUACUGGCUGAGCGGACCGUAUGGGCGUAACUGGAGCUUCCUCUGGAACGUCGACAUCCCGAAGUGGCAGAUUCUUCUGCUCGUCAUCGGCUUCUUCAUCGGCGUUUGGGCGAUUCUGAUGCUAGGUUUGACGCAACUAAGUAAGACGCACACGUGGCUUCUCCCCGUCUUCGCAGUUGGUUUGGGUGCACCCAGAUGGUGUCAGAUGAUGUGGGGCACCUCCUCAUUGGCACUAUACAUUCCUUGGGCUGGCUCGGCAGGUCCCUACCUUGGUAUUUCUCUGUGGCUGUGGCUCGGUGUUCUGGACGCUAUCCAGGGCGUCGGUCUAGGCAUGAUUCUGCUGCAGACUCUGUCUCGACUGCAUGUCUGCGCCACACUUGCCUUCGCGCAAAUCAUUGGGUCCAUAUGUGUGAUGGUCGCGCGUGCGACCGCUCCCGACACCAUUGGCCCGGAAAGUGUAUUCCCCGAUGCUGCGUCAUGGAGUUUCUCGGACGGCCUCAAAGGGAGCCCAAUGGCAUCAGCGCCAUUCUGGGUCGCCCUCAUUUGUCAGCUCGUCAUCGUUAUUGGGUAUUUCUGGUUCUACCGCAAGGAACAGCUUGCACGCCCAUAAUCACGACCAUUGUACGAAGAGAUUAUUAGACACUGGUAUCUGCGCACGGACUUCUUAUAGUAUCUUCAUGGUAUCUCUAGCAGCAAAGGGACUGUUUGUUUGUGAUGGACUCUGUACUUGCGAUCAGUCGUUACGACACACGCUCACUAUACACCGUAUUAUAGGUUGGAUAUCCGGGGUAUAUUAAUGCAACACUACCUUGA